CGAAGAGAGCGAUCAACUACUUCAAAAGUCCCGAGACAAAGCAGCUCAUCGGAGUCACGCGGCACUGUGCAGACACAUAAAACGAAAAAGCCGACUUCCUCUUCAAAAAAGAGCGCUGACGUGAGUCGACUCUUCUUGAUACUGUAAAUCAAGCAAAGAAAGAGCUCUUGCUUCGUUAACUACGUUCACGACGUUUUCUAUUGCAGAAAAUCAAAACUGUUAUUGUAAGCGCAAUUCUCCAGCACCUCGAGAUGAUCCACCUUCGCUCGUCCGCGCGAGCGGGAAUGCAGCCACGUGCAGUUUCCGCAACCUCCACUUCCUCCACAGGAGCCAACAAGAGACCUAACCAACACACGACCCUUCUCGCGGCAGCAGGAGCUUCAUUUCAUCACAACUUCCACAACCGCAAGAAUUUUGCUUCCGCAAGUGCCGGCUCCAAGCCCUACAAGGUCGGCAUCCUGGGCGCUUCGGGCGCGGUCGGGACGAGAUUUGUGUCCAUGCUAGAACACCACCCCUGGUUUGACAUCAUCGCGCUGGGCGGGGGGCCGAACGAAGUCGGACAUCUCUACCGGGAUGUGGCGGACAAAGUUUACAACGCGUGUUUGGAUCCGAAAGGGAUUCCACCGCAGUACAGCGAGAAGAAAUUACUGCACCCGGAUCCGGCGGAGUAUUUAACUAUUUGAGCAGGAACAGGAUAACAAAUUUCAAUUGAGUUGCCAUUGUGUUGUUGCGCAUGAGAACCUGCAGAUGAUGAAUUUUCGCAGUUGUGCAAGGGAGGCACGUGCGAUGUUAUGCAGGUUGAUGAAAGAUUGCAUGAGAUGAACAAACUCCUCGUUGUAAAAGAAUGAUCAAAACCAAAAUUAACUAUCAGGUGGAAGGCCCUGGGCGUCAACCUCGUUUUCUCAGCCGUUCCAGACCACGUUGCGAAAGUGGCCGAGUUAUGCAUUGCAAAAGGAAAAGUGUCGUGCCAAGUAUAAAUCGCAUGACAGAUCAAGAAGAAAGCAUGAAUUUGCCAUGCGGAUUCAGGCAGUCAAGCAGAUUUGUCAUAAAUGAUUGCAAUUUAUACGAGAACGAGUACUACACGAUACUUUUGCAAUGCAUAAGAGUACGCGUUCGCCGAGGUUGGGAUCCCCUGUUUCUCUAACUCGCCGGAAAAUCGCAUGGGCGAAAAGAUCCCGCUGCUCCAGCCCUACGUCUAUGCAUAUAGAAAUUUGUUCCCGCGCACGACGUACAAACAAGUGCAUGACAAAUUCCAAAUAUCCAAACCGAGAAGUGCUCGACACUUGUCACGCAGCUCAAUGCGAUUGCGAUACGAGAAGAAAUCUGUGAUGCAAGAGUGCAAUUUGAACAUCUAUGUCCUCGUGUACGGGAGAUUUUUUCAACUGCACAACUCCAAUCCGGAGCACAUGAUGAUGGCGAAAACCCAAGACUCUUUCGCGAAAUCCGAGGGCUUCGUCGCGACCAACCCAUAUGAAAGUGCAUAACACCCCCUCCCCCUCGUUCUUAUGGCAUACACAGCAUUACAAACACCAGCACGCGUGGAGCUUGUGCAUCACAAAUCCUCCAAGUGCCGUAGUCUAGUACUGUUAGUUUGGGGUUGUUCCGGAAUCUGUCAUGCAAGCAGAGCCACAAGGCAGUGCAAGCGCUUGGGCUUGGCUUUGGGGUUUUGCAUGACAAAUGAAGCUGCAGACGGGAACGAGUUGUGCACUCUCAUAGCCCAAAUUGUUCGACGAUCGCCAUGACGGUCGGGCUGAAACCGCUGGUGGACAAGUUCGGGAUCGAGCACUAUCACAUGCAAUAUAUGUCUGGGUCUGGAAGAGUCUGAGCUUGUCAUGCACAUUUUGCAUGACCCUUGAGGUCCGUAAUGCUGAUGCUAGCAUCACAGAUUUUUUGAGAGCUUCUUGAUGCCAAUUACGCAUGAGAAAUUCUCUCUCCCCGUGCCAAGAACUGACUCCUCUUGCUGCUCCUCGUGCAACAUAGAUAUUUUUAGAAUCCGCAGACAGCAUUACAAGUUCCAAUCUUCCAGACCCAGACACAUUUGCAAUCCAUACGCACGUCAAUGCGACAACAUUGCAGGCAAUCAGCGGAAGCGGGUUUCCGGGACUGUCUCAUGCGGAAAUGUACGAUAAUUGCGUGCCGUACAUCGGGAACGAAGAGGAGAAAAUGGAGGAGGAAGCAGCGAAGAUUCUAGGUAUAAUGGAGAUUUUAAUUUUUUUCUUGUCAUUUGGAUUUAUUGUGCAUCACAACCUCUAGCUCUAUUCAGUGCUGUUGCAUCACAAAUUCAAAUUCAAAUCCACAUCAUACCUUCCUACACAAAAUAACCAGGUUCUUUCGACGGUUCGAAGCUGAAUUUCACGGACAUCAAAGUUUCCGCGAUUUGCAACCGCGUCCCGGUUUCCAACGGGCACAUGAUUUGCGUGUCGGUGAAGCUGAAGAACAAGCCGGCUAAUUUGGUGGAAGAGUGCAACAAGGCGUUUGACGCGUUCACCGUGUAUGCAAGAGAAAAACUGUGUAAGUGUAAAUCUGUGAUGCAAAAAAUGCAAAACAGCAUAUACUUGUGAUGCUCGACAUGCGUGAUCGGCUCGCUUCCUAUGUAUUUUCCCUUCGUAUCUGCGCAUAACAAGUUUGGCCUGCCAGGGCAGACAAACUUUAACUUGUGAUGCUGUUUUCCCAAAAGACUUACACUACCACAGUUUUUUUCCUGCAUACCGUGCCGGAAAAAGUGAAAAACUGUCCUUCCUGCCCCGAAAAACCGAUCCGCUUGUUCACCCAGGAAACCCGGCCGGACCGGCCCCAACACCGCUUGGACCGGGACUACUUCGGGGGGAUGGGCGUCAAUGUCGGACGCGUGCGCCCGUGCCACAUCAAUGAUGUGAAGUUCACGAUUCUGGGGCACAACACGGUGAUUGGUGCCGCCGGGGGAAGCAUUUUAAACGCGGAGUUGGCGGUGAAUGAGGGCCUGAUUAAGAAGAGCGGGUGAUGAUCUACUUGAUGAGAAGGUGCGGAACAAGCAGGCUCUUGUGUAAAUCCCUUAGUAGUGGAGGUUCUCCACGCAGCAAUAGACCGAGGGGGCCGUCGCCGUUUUUGACUAGUACUUUGUUUUUGCUUCGAAACUCGUCAUCAAAUAAGGACAAGAAGAAAACUUUUUAAGGAUAUCAUGCACCGAUGAAAACCGACGACAAGCUUUUAUCGUUUGAUUACUUGAAGUUGUUUAAGGUCAAAGAACCAUUUUUAGCCGAGCGGUUUGCAGCAGUUUCAUCUAGUAGAAGAGGGACAAGACUUUACUGACAAGAAUUUUGUUUUUCUCGAAGUAGUAGUUUUCAAGUUCAAAUAAAGAGCAGUCUAUAAGGAUAACGCUGCAAUUUGUUUGUGGUAAAAUCAAAAUGCGAUAUGUUGAAGUCGCGGGAACGAAAAGCGAUUAUCGACAGUGAAGGACUACAAGGCUUUCCAGAUCAUGAAGAUCCAGGAGUUCGAGAAAAAGACGAGCAAAAAUUUGAGAAUUCUAUCGUUUUUUGCUUGCGUUCUUUCUCCUCCUGAGUACUUAGCUCUCUUGAUGACUGUGUGGGUACUAUACGCUUAUGCACAGUGUGUAAUCAAAGAUAUACUUUUCAUCCUAAAGAGCUCUCGUGGAUUCAUAGAUUCUAUAUCGUAAGGUCGUCGACAAUUUUUUGCGCCGGAUUGUUCUGUUCCUUAGCGAGUUUCGAGUGGAAGUGAAGACCAGAAGGCCUAAGAGGACUUUGCUAAAGUGCAAGUCCAGGGAGCUGCGUCAGACUGUCGCGCCUCUUGCCGUUGCCGGUGAGAGCCAGAAUAGACUUGUGGCUGU